AAUGACACCGUUGUUGUUGGUGGUGGAGGGUGAGGGAGGAACUGUCCCUGCCACUAUUAUUCCCUUCAUAUUCUCAUUUCCUUCACUAAUUUGUGGAAUUACAACGAAGAUUACCUAUAAAAUAUGAGUAAUGUUAUGGUAAAAAUAAAAGAUCAGCGGUGAGGGGCGUCUGUUGAGUGGUGUUGGCAUCAGUAAAUGUCAAGUAUAUUCCCGCCUCAGUCUUCAAGCUGACAUUACUGUGUUGAUUUAAAUAAGUUUAUUACCUCUGUGCAUUGAGAGAUAUAGGUUAUCAUCAAUCACAAUGCCAGGAAAAAAGAAGAAAUAUAAUGCAAGAUUUCCACCUGCGAGAAUCAAGAAGAUAAUGCAGACAGAUGAAGAAGUUGGGAAGGUGGCUCAGGCUGCUUAUCAUCUAUAUCCUUUUUAUAUGUUAACAGUAUUACCUGAUUAUAGCAGAACCUCGAUAAAUCAGACUAGUUGUGGCAGAUCCCGGUCCGAAGAAAGCGAAUCUAUUGGGGGUGGUGAAAAAUCGGGUGUUGUUAUAAUGUUGUUACUGUGCUUCUUUCUAAGAACACCUCGAGGCCUCGAGCUCUUUGUGCAAUCACUGCUGACCAGAGCGGGUGAGAUCACCACUGCACGCCAUGCCAGAACUCUGACCCCAGCCCACUUAAAGCAGUGUAUCAUGGCAGAGAGGAGGUUUGAUUUUUUGCAAGAAUUGGUGGCUUCAGUAGCAGACAUUAAUGCUGAUGGAGACAUGGAUACAGGACCUCCUACCCCCAGCACACCCUUGACACCUGUUCCCUCCUUCUCAAACCCAGGAAGUGCACCUACAACACCAUCUCCACACACAUUCUUUUAUAAGUAUUCUCCAACUCCAUCAGGUGAAAAUGUGAUGGAAGGGAAACCAUCAAGAGGCAGAGGUAGAGGAAGAGGCAGAGGUCGUGGCAGGGGUCAAGGAUCCUCGACUAACACUACUGCAGCUGGACGUGGUGCACCAAGACCCAGAGGUCGACCCAGAAAAGUGAUGGCUUCAGCACCAACUGUUGAAGAACCUGACUCUGACGAUGGACUCUCCCUUGAUGUCGAUACUGAUGAUUCGCAAGAAACAGAUACAGAUGAAGAAGUCAUAGCUGCACCAGAACAUUCUGGUAACUACAGUAGAGACACUAAGAAGCCACCAUCCCCUGUCACACAUCAACCCAAAUCCCCCCCAUCACAUCCAACAAAACUUCGGAAAACUGAAGGAUCACCAAAAGCUCCUGCAUUGCAAAUCUCAAUUGGUGGAAGCUUCAACCUUGGAGAUAUUCCUGGAAAAAAGAGUGAGGUUUCUCAUAGUCCUGUCUCACCCCCUUCUACAGUACUCACUACUAGUGCAACAACCUCUAGCCCAAUAUCUGGCUUUCAGAUUACUAUCCCUGGAUUACCUACAGCUUGUACUACUCUGCCUUUAAGAGGGGUACCACCAACCACCAAAGCCUCGAGCUCCCCAGUUCGCACUCCACUUACUCCUGGAGUGCGACCAUCAUUUGGAGUCCCAGUUCCAGUGAUAACCUCUGUACACGCCUUGCAAAACCGGCCACCUCUUUCAAAUUCACACCUGACUUCAUCACCUGCUCAUUCCCAGUCCUCUACUAAUAACCAGAUUGAUGAAGACUAUGAUUCUUAGUAAUUUUUCUUAUCAAAAUCUUGAAUUUAGUCUCUUUCUUUCUCAAGUUUAUUUUGUCAACUCUCUCUCUCAAGUUAAUUCUGUCAACUCUCUUUCAAGUUUGUUUUGUCAAUGUAAGAUGCUAUUAUUUUCAGAACAAAACAAUUAAUACCUCUUAAUUUUGUUAGCAAUGUUUUGAUCAUUAUUUGUGCCUCUCAAAAUAGUCAAGAAAUAUGAUAGAUUCAAUAAGAUCAAUGGCAAAAUAUAAAAUAUCAUACACCACACCUAAACAAAGAUAUAUAUAUAUAUAUAUAUAUUAUACGAUUAUACGGGCAGUCCCUGAGUUAUGAACACACAGCUUACGAAGAAGAUCCUAAUAUAUUCAUCACCAAAGGCUCUUAAUUAAAAUCCAUUUUUUUACAUUACUUUCUAUGUUAUAUACUAUUUAGCAUCACUUUAUUUACAGUAUUUACAUUAUUACACUAUGGAAUUAACACUGUUCUGGCUUACAAACAGGGUCCAGAAACGUAACCCGUUCGUAACUUGGGGACUGCCUGUAUAUACAGGCUGACCUCGCAAACUCGUGUCUCAGAAGUCCAUUUUCUGCUGAUCCGUGCAUUUUCAUGAGAGCCAAUUUCCGUGUUUAUCCCUUGUCUGUGCUUAUUAGAAUUUUUUUUUAUAUACUCAUGAAAGUGAACGAAUUAGCGAAAAAAUGGACUUCUUUAACACUCAGUUCACUCUAUAGAAACGAUGUGGCUUAGAAAUAAAGAAAAUUUAAUAUAAAACUAUAAAAUGAGAAAAAUUAAGAGCAUGGGUGUGUAUGUGUGGGAAGUGAACGUGUGUGGAGGCGGUGAGAUACCUGUAUAACUGCGUGGCCACGCUCCCUCCCCCUGUGACAUCAUGGUAUACACACAGCACGUUAGCCACAUGUUGUGUGUCAAAUGGUUGACUGCCUGACUGAACUGGGUUGGUUUGAGUGUGGAAGGAGUUUUUUUUUACAUAAAAUAUAUGCUGUAUUGAAUCUGAUGAUAUGCUAGAUAUCAAUUUUAUUGUUUAUCAGAGUAUUUUGUUUUCAUCUUUGACAUGCUAAUUGAAAUUUGUUCAAGUUAGGGUAACCUUAUGCUCACUAAAUUGUUUAACUCGGAAUCAUAUCAUUUAUAUAUGCAUUUGAGUGUAAGUUUGAAACAAUAAAGAUUUAUGUCGUACAAUUAAAUUUAGUUUUUUAGCAAAUGAUUAGCCCUGCGUUUUUAAUGCUUAUUCCACAAAUCUGUGCCUUUAAAAAAUUUGGCCACAGUAGGAUACCAGUUACAGUCAAUUUGCAAGGUCAGCCUUGCUAAUUAUACACACACAAAUUUACACCUCUAAGCAAUCACUAGUGCAUGCCUGUGUUUUGUAUUGAACACUGCUUUGUUUUCACUCCCAUCAUUGUUGUCACUCUUCAUACUUUCUACAUUACUCGACAUACAAUGGUGUUUUUUUGUAUUUUUUGUCUUAGAAACCAGUGAUUUUAUGUUUUGGGAGAUUCAGAGGCUGUAACUUAAAAAAGCUACAAGGGACAAUAUUGAAAAUUUGGUAAUAUGUGAUUGAAUUAAAGAAAAAAAUUAGUGUCACUUUAAGUUUAUGGCUGUUCAUCAAGACAGGCACUGUAAAUAUGCAAAGACAAUACUGUACAUUGUAUGAUGUGAAUUUCUUCAAAAUUCUCCAACUGCUUGAAAAGUGAAGACUGAAAACUGUUAAAACCAUUUUUGUGGAGUUAUUUUCUUCUCUUGUGUUUGAAAUAUAACCCACCCCCUUAUAGAUCAGUCGGCAAAGUAGCAUACUGUACAUCCUUGAAAUGCUGGUUUAUAUUAUGAGAGGAAACCUGGGUUCAGUGCAGUAUAGGUAAUGGAAAUUUAGGUAACAUCAGAGUGUUAGUAUGUCAACAAAAUACUGUCCAUAGAUUAAUUAUUAAUAACCAAAUUUGUCAACCACAGCUACAGACAACUACUGUGUACUAUUUGCUCUCUACUUACAAAAUGUGUUGACAGAGUUUCCAUGUGUGUUUUUAUUUCAUAUUUGAUUCAAAUCCCCGGUAAUUUAUUAUAGUGCAGUAUACUGUAUGUCAUACAAAAGGAAACUCUUUUUUACAGGAUCUGUACUUUGUGUAUAUUUUUUUUAAUACCUAAGUAUUAAUAUUUGUGAUACAGGUGUAUAUUGAUGCAGUAAAUGAAAACCUGUUUCAAAUGUAUAACCCUUGAUCAAAUUGUGUAUGUCUUUAUGUUUGGUAAAACUGUAUGAAAAGAUACUUGUAAAUAUUGUACAGUCUUUGUAAUAGGUAAACAGGAUAUCUAAAGAUUUUCUUGAAUCAUCCAUUAUAUCAUUUUCCCCACUUUUGCCCUGUCUAAGGUUUUGACAUAACAGUUACCAGCUCUCUCAUCACCCAACAAUGCCUUUGUAGGAUCAAUCAGCAUACUGUCCUCAUAUCUGAGGGAUGGCGACCACAGUCCUCCAUUCUUAACUUUUUCGGGGUGAUUUUACCAAUCCUACAAGAUUUUGUAUCUCUUUGGGGAUCCACUUUUUAAUUUCAUCCAUCCCAGUCUUUGCCUUCCCAAUGUCCUCCUGGCUUCAACUUUUCCCAUUAAUAUUUUUACUUUUAUCCCCUCUUCCAUAAUUAUAUGACCAAAGUAUCUAAUUUUUUCUUUUUCUGUGCAUUUCUCUUUGGAGUUUUUGCUAACCUUGGUGUACUUCCCAUUUGAUCUUGUCCAUAGUUUUUCUUCUUAAUUUUUUAAGCUUCAGCCUCAAUUUCAUAACUGGGAUGUGAUCUGACUCAAAAUCUGCCCCUUGGUUUGGGUUAUUGAAUUUCUGAAUUAAAAUGUAAUCUAUUUGAUUCCUGACAAUGUUAUUUACAUUGUCCUUGUAUGAGACCCAUAUUUAGAGAUGCCUAGGGUGUUGUUCAAACCAUGAAUGUACUGUAUAUCCAAUUAUCAUCAUGUUUUCCUGACAAAAGUCAAAUAAUAUUUCUCCUCAUUUCUACUACCCAAUCCAUGUGCUCCUACUUCUGGUGCUUCUUUCCCUUUCCCAACUUUUGCGUUAAAAUUACUAGGUACUUCUUUCCCUUUCCAAAAUUUUGCAUUAAAAUCACCCAUUAUAAUCAGACAUUCAUUAAAAUUCAGUGUCUUUUGUUUUCUUUAAAUAUUCAUAAAAAUGUUCUAAGACUUCAUCCUAUUAUGAUUUGUUGAUGCAUAAACCUCCAUUAUUACCAAGUCCAUAGGUUUAGCAUUAAACUUCACUAACAAAACUAUCUGAUACUGCCCAAUAUCCCUCAACUUCUGGUAUACAAGAAUACCAACACCUUUCUCAUGCUUUUCACCCUCUGAAUAUAUAAAAUAAAAAUCUUUACCGCUAAUGCUAUUUGAACCUGUCCAUCUUACUUUACUUAAUCACAGAAUGUCCCACUGCAGUCUUUUCAUUUCACUUGAAAGAAUUACAUACUUACCGGUCUCAUAUAAUGUCCUCGCAUUCCUUGUUCCAAUCUUGUUUUGUGCUUGUUUAUUCUUAAUCUUACCUCUGUGUUUAAUGUCCAAGCCUUUAUUUUGCUCAGGCAGAACUUGCUAGCUCUUGGUAGCACACUGCCUGCAAUCAUGGGAGGCAAUGUGGUGGAACCUUAAAGUGACGAUGAUCCACCAGGAACACCCGAAAAUCGUUAAUUGUCUGUCCAUGGUUGUUCAAGGGCAAGAGAUGAAGUUAAUGAGAAUGGAUGCCCCCCAAACCUUUUCUCGUCAGAAUAUUAAUUAAAGGGAGUAGGAAAAGUUGGGAAUGAACUAUGUGGUGUAGAGGUCACUCAUACCUCACUCUGGUAAACAGCCCAUCAACUGUGGAAUUUGUGGAUUUAGCAAUGAUCCAUUUUCAACCUCAUGUUAGGUUGCAAGAUGGGAACUUUAUACCUAUCCUAGGUAUUUGAAUGUGGUUCAUUUGAGCCUCCACACCAUGGCAAGGUAAUGCAAAUUUGGGCACUAGAAGGAGUUGUACCUUGUAGGGAGUGUAUUAUGUAUAGGGAAUCCAAAACUCAUCUAUACUUAUUACCUCUACCAGCAGUCUG